AUGGAUCCAGCGACCUAUGCUGAGUAUUUGAAGGAAUCUGGAAACCAGAUUUUUAAGAGUGGGAACUUUUCCUUGGCCAUCAGAAAAUACGACGAGGCCAUCCAGGUUCUGCUCCAUUUGUACCACUGGGUCCCCCCGAGAGACCUGGCUGUGCUUCUUUGCAACAAGUCCAACGCGUUUUACAACCUGGGGAAGUGGAAUGAGGCGUUUUAUGCAGCCAAAGAGAGCCUGCAGUGGGAUCCCUCUUAUGUCAAGGGCUACUACCGAGCUGGCUACUCGCUCCUGCAGCUCCUGCAGCCCUAUGAGGCCGCGCAGAUGUUUCUGGAGGGUCUGCGCAUCCUGCAGAGCUCCCCAGACCAGGUGCAGAUCUCGGACCUCAUUGUGGGCAUCUUUACCACCAUCAGUGGGGAGCACAUCAUCCUGCGCAGCUUCCUGCCCUUCUUUGAAAAGAUUUUCAGCGUGGGCUUCGACGCCAGUGUCUGGCAGGUGGUCAUCGAGAAACUGGCCAAGAAGGGGCUGUGGCAUUCCUUCCUUCUUCUGUGCACUAAGAAGGAUAAGCUGCCCCGUGACCUGAGGGUAUCUGACCUGUCCCUGAAGGGUCUCUUUGAGAAAUACGUUCUCUUCGGUCACUAUGAGAAGAUGGAGCAGAUUCCUAAGCUCGUGCAGUGGCUGAUCUCGCUGGGGGCCAGUGUCCAAAGCAUCGGGCCCUACCCCCUGCAUGCCAUCAUGAAACUCUGCAUCCGAGCAAAGGAAAACCACCUGUUCAGGUGGCUGAUGGACCAGAAGCCCGAGCUGAGAGCGGACAUUAACCAGACGGAUGCUGAUGGCUGUACCCUCCUGCACAUUGUGGCCUCUCACUGCUCCGGGUACCUCGGCAGACGGCAGACUGAGGAUGUGCAGAUGCUCCUGUACUUGGGGAUAGACCCCACCAUUGUGGACAAGCAGGCGCGCUGUGCCAUCGAUAUCCUCAAGCGCAACAAGAACUUCAAGGCUGUGGACAAAAUCAACUCCUUCUUGGAUAGCCGCAAGCGGGGCUGUGCCAAGGGUGCCUCAGGUAUUGGGAGACCCAAGAUGUCACUGUGUAUUACAGGCCAGAAUGUGAAUGACCCCUCCCUGCGGGAGAGCCACGCCUUUCUGGACAUCCUGGAGCCCUUCAUUCAGUACCUGUGUACGGAGAACCGGUCCCAGCAGAAGGGGCUGCUUAAGCACGAGGUGGUCCAGAGGUUCCUGCGCCUUCUGUCCACCAUCCAGGUUCUCCCCCGCCACGUCGUUUGCGAGUUCAACCACGCAUGUGCCAGCGCCUUCAUCCGGCUGCUGCUGGAGAAGCAGAAGUGGCACGAGGUCCUGCUCCUGCUGACCGGCAAGGCCAACGACGAGUCGUCCGUGGCCGACGGCCUCAUCAAGAACUGUAACUUCUCGGACCUGGACAUCCGCACUGUGAUCCAGCACCUCAGCCAUUGGGACCGGCGCCGCAUCUACCUCCUGGGCUGUCUGAUUGACUGCGGCGCCCCCACAGAAGGGCUGAACAGGAACCAAGACCGCGAGAGACCGCUCACAAUGUGCUUGAAAAGUGGGGACUAUCAGCUGGCCUUCUUGCUGUUGACCAAGGGCGCGGACCCGCGGGGCAUGACCCUCACGGAAGGGGACAUGCCUCUCCAUGUGGCGCUGUUCAUUUAUCUGGAUAAGCGAGCGGACAUUGGCUUCACUUUCCUGAGUCACCUGCUGGACCUGUACAGCUCCAGCCCAUCCGACUUCUCCUUCCUGAACCCCAAUGCGCAGGAUGCCAACGGGAACACGGUGAUGCACAUCAUCUUCCAGAAAGGGAUGCUGAAGCGCGUCAAGCGGGUGAUGGGCUUGCUGGCCAGGUUCGACAUCAACUUUAACCUCAAGAACAAGGAGGGCAAGGACGUCCGGCACCGUGUCAAGAAGAACGACUCGCUGCUGCUGACCUGGAACAAGGCCGUGAUGGAGAACCGCAAGAAGGGCCGGCUGGACCUCAUCUCCUCACACACGCCGCGGCUCCUCAAGGCUCUGCCCACCAGCCCCACGCAGCAGCAGAAGAACGGGGCUCUGGCUGCGGCGGGCUCUGCCGCCCGGCUCCCGCUGGGGGAGGCGGCCCCUGGGACUCUGCGGGGCGACGGGCAGGCCCCCGAUGGCAGGGAGAGGGGCCGGGCCCUGGGCGCCGAGGGCGGCAAGCCAUUCACCCUGCGGGAUGGCCUCGUGCGGGCCAUCGUCACCCUGAUCCAGCAGAUGGAGCUGGGCUCCCUGGGCCCCGAAGACACGCCCCCGUCCCCCAAGACCAACCCCACGGGGGCGGUGGAGGAGGGGAGCCCCCAGGACCGCACGGGGCCUGAAGACAGUGAGAGCGAGGCUCCCAGUGAGAAGCCUCUCUCCCUGCCCAAGGUGGAAGCCGAGGACGCCCGCCCACAGCCCCGGGCAGAGCCCCCGCUGCCUGCGGUUAAUGGGGAAGAGGAGAGGGGCGAGGGCGUGGAGGAGGAGGCCGUGGCCCCCGUGCAGGAGCUGGAGGCCUACCUGCAGGACUUUGAUAACAUGACGUGGGAGAUCGAGUGCACGUCGGAGAUGCUGAAGAAGCUGGCGAGCAAGGCGGUCACGCAGGUCCUCAAGAAGAAGAUCGUCCUCGCCAUUCAGCACUUGGGUAACGGUGAGUGGACGCAGGGACUACAGAAGAGGCUGCGGCACCUGCGCGGCGACAUCCAGCUGUACGAGGCCAAGCUGGACAAGGGCGCCCGCAUGCUCUGGGAGCUGGCCAUUGACUUCUCGCCGCGCUGCAGCGAGAACCCCGAGAAGAUCAUCGCCACGGCGCGGGCCGCGCACCCGCUCGAGAAGUCGGGCGGUGUCUACACGGAGAUCAUCCGCAUCUGGGACAUCGUCCUGGACCACUGCAAGCUGAAUGACGCCAUCAGGGCCAUCUGCGCGGCUUACAACCGUGGCCUCUCCUGCAUUUUGCGCAAGAAACUCAAGGGUAUCCACACAGGCCAGCUCUCCUCGGGCCUCAAGAUCCAGAAGCGCAUCCCGCGCUGCUACGUGGAGGACACGGAUGCCGGGAAUGGCAAGAGCCGCGAGCGCGUGGUUCCUGAGUACUUCCCGCCUGCCAGCGCCGUGGCCACCGAGUACAACAUUAUGAAGUUUCACAGCUUCAGCACCAGCAUGGCUCUCAACAUCAUCAGCGACACCACGGCGCCCGCCGAGUACCCCUUCCGAGUUGGGGAGCUCGAGUACGCGGUCAUCGACCUCAACCCGCGGCCGCCGGAGCCCAUCAUCCUCAUCGGCCGCAGCGGCACCGGCAAGACCACGUGCUGCCUCUACCGCCUCUGGAAGCGCUUCCACUCCUACUGGGACAAGGCGGACCGGGCGGGCAGCCCGCUCCUGGCCAAGCACGUGUGGCACCGGCGGGCGGGCCGGGCAGCUGGGGAGGAGGAGGAGGCGGCCGCCGAGGAUGUGGACCCCGAUGAGGAUGAGGAGGAGGAUGACGGGGGGACCCUGGAGCCCGAGACAGCAGACAGCAUCGACGAGGACCCCGAGGACGAGUCGUCGUCCAGCGGCCCCGACCCGGACCCCCCUGGGGCGGCGGAGCCCGUAGAUGAGGCCGUGGAGCCUGUGGAGGGCGUGCAGCUGGAACACCUGCGGCAGGUCUUUGUCACCAAGAACCACGUGCUAUGCCAGGAGGUCCAGAGGAACUUUGUGGAGCUGACCAAGUCCAGCAAGGCGACGAGUCACUUCCGUCCGCUGGAGCCCACCGUGCACCGGCUGCAGGACGUCAGGGAUGAGAGCUUCCCGCUGUUCGUGACCUCACGGCAGCUGCUGCUCCUGCUCGACGCCUCCCUGCCCAACCCCUUCUUCCUGAGGAACGAGGAUGGUAGCCUCAAGCGCAACAUCCUGGGCUGGUCCACACACGAGGAGGCCUCCAUCCCCAACUGGCAGGAGGAGGAUGAGGCCGGCGCUGGCGAUGGUGACUACGGCGAGGAGGACAAAGCGGCAGAGACUCCCGGUGGCGAGAACGAUCCCCGCGUGUUCGUGACCUAUGAGGUGUUCGCCAACGAGAUGUGGUCCAAGAUGGUGAAGGGCAAGACGCCGUACAACCCGGCACUGGUGUGGAAGGAGAUCAAGUCUUUCCUGAAGGGCUCCUUCGAGGCGCUGAGCUGCCCCCAGGGCCGGCUCACCGAGGACGCCUACCAGAAGCUGGGCCGCAAGCGCUCGCCCAACUUCAAGGAGGACCGCGGCGAGAUCUACGCGCUCUUCUGCCUCUACCAGCGCAUCCGCUCGCAGCAGGGCUACUUUGACGAGGAGGACGUUCUUUACAACCUGUCCCAGCGGCUGUCCAAGCUGCGCGCGCUGCCCUGGUCUAUCCACGAACUCUACGGCGACGAGAUCCAGGACUUCACGCAGGCCGAGCUGACCCUGCUCAUGCGUUGCAUCAACGACCCCAACGCCAUGUUCCUCACGGGCGACACGGCGCAGAGCAUCAUGAAAGGCGUGGCCUUCCGCUUCAGUGACCUACGCUCCCUCUUCCACUACGCCAGCAAGAACUGCGUGGACAAGAAGCGCUGCCCCGUGCGCAAGCCCAAGCGCAUUUACCAGCUCUACCAGAACUACCGCUCCCAUUCAGGAAUACUCAACCUGGCCUCAGGGGUGGUCGACUUGCUGCAGUAUUACUUCCCCGAGUCCUUUGAUCGGCUCCCGAGGGACGCCGGUCUCUUUGACGGCCCCAAGCCCACCGUGCUAGACUCCUGCAGCGUCAGUGACCUGGCCAUCUUACUCCGAGGCAACAAAAGGAAAACCCAGCCCAUCGAGUUCGGAGCCCACCAGGUGAUCCUUGUCGCCAAUGAAGUGGCCAAAGAGAAGAUCCCUGAGGAGCUGGGCUUGGCUCUGGUGCUGACCAUUUAUGAGGCCAAGGGUCUGGAGUUUGAUGAUGUUCUCUUGUACAAUUUCUUCACCGACUCAGAGGCAUAUAAAGAGUGGAAGAUCAUCUCCUCGUUCACGCCUUCACCUGAGAGCCGCAUCGAGGAGAACAAGCCGUUGGUGGAAGUGUCCUUGGAGCGGCCGCAUGUGUCUCUGAGCCGGCCCCAGCUGCUCAACGUGGAGGCCUACAAGCUUCUCAAUGGCGAGCUGAAGCAGCUGUACACAGCCAUCACGCGUGCCCGCGUCAACCUCUGGAUCUUUGAUGAGAAUAGGGACAAACGGGCGCCCGCCUUCAGAUACUUCAUCAGGAGGGACCUUGUACAAGUGGUCAGGACCGACGAGAACAAAGACUUUGAUGACAGCAUGUUUGUGAAGACGUCGACUCCCGAGGAGUGGAUCGUGCAGGGAGACUACUAUGCCAAGCAUCAGUGCUGGAAGGUGGCAGCCAAGUGUUACCAGAAAGGAGCCGCCUUUGACAAGGAGAAGCUGGCCCUGGCCCACGAUGCCGUCCUCAACGUCAAAUCCAAGAAAGUCAGCCCCAAGGAGAAGCAGAUGGAGUACCUGGAGCUGGCCAAGACCUACCUGGAGUGCGGGGAGCCCAAGCUCUCCCUGAAAUGCUUGGGGUACGCCCGGGAGUUCCAGCUGUCUGGUCUCCUCUGUGAGAAGCUAGGAAAGAUCAAAGAUGCCGCUUACUUCUAUAAGAGAAGCCAGUGCUACAAGGACGCCUUCCGCUGCUUCGAACAGAUCCAGGAGUUUGAUCUCGCCCUCAAGAUGUACUGCCAGGAGGGGCUUUUUGAGGAGGCCGCGCAGGCCGUGGAGAAGUACGAGGAGAUGCUGAGGGCCAAGAGGCAGCCCGUGUCUAAACUGUCCUAUUCCGCCAGCCAGUUUUACCUGGAGGCCGCGGCCAAGUAUUUGAGCCUGAACAAGACCAAGGAGAUGAUGUCCGUCCUCUCCAAGCUUGACAUUGAGGACCGGCUGGUGUUCCUCAAGUCCCGCAAGCGCCUGGCCGAGGCCGCCACCUUGCUGAAAGGGGAGGGCCGCCGGGAGGAAGCAGCCGUGCUCAUGAAACAAAACGGCUUCCUUUUGGAGGCCUCACAGCUCACGGCUGACAAGGACUUCCAGGCCUCCUGCCUGCUGGAGGCCGCGCGCCUCAACGUGGCCCGGGGCUCUAACCCAGAGGAUACCAAGGUCAUCCUGAAGGAGGCCUUGGCCCUCUGCUCCCAGAUGGGGCAGCGCACUGGCAUCGCUGAGGCCUACUUCCUGCAGGGGGUCCUGCUUAAAGACUUCCUGCGGCUCAAGGUGGCCUUCUAUGAAUUCCUCCACCUCAACCACCCGGUGGGCGUGGUGGAGGCCCUCUACGAGGCCAUGCGCCACUGCCGACCAGGCACUGACAAGGUGCUGGCCUUGGCGCCUGGGGGCCUCGAAGCGCUGCUCCAAAUGGCCAAGGCUCUCAGGCGGGUGACCAGCAAUGCCGAGAAGGAGAUGGUCAAGUCCUGCUUUGAGUUCUUCGGCAUUUCGCAGGUGGAUGUCCAGCACUGCCAGAUGGCCCAGAACGAGCCCGGGCCCAUCUCCAAGAUCAUCUUUGACCUGAAUCCAGGCUUGAAAGACAAGAAGGCCAGAGAUCACCUGGUAGUGGCUGUCGACAGCGUCAAGCUCGCCCUGACCAAGCACCUGCUCACACGGAUGUGCGAGAUCUCGCGGGGGCUGCUGGGCGUGACCUACCCCGGCGUCUGCAGGAGGUUCGUCGCCGGCCUGAGGUGCGAAGAUCCUGCCUGUGGGGACUUCCACCGGCCCCUGCGGCGCCGCGAGGCCAGGACCAUCGUGCAGACGAGGAUGCACCUGGCAGCCCUCAAUGGGCUGCUGCUCGAGGCCAAGCGGGUGUUCCCCAAGGUGCUGGUGCAGGAGCUGGAGGAAAUCGACUGCCUCCUGACGGCCGAUGCCUACGGCCUCUGCAAGGCCUUCCUCGACAUUGUCUUCCCCAGGCACUUCCACCAGAGGGUCAUGUCGGAAAACCCCCUGUCGUGCCGUGAGAUGCUCCGGCCCAGCUACCGCUCCUUCCAAGCCUACCGCACGGCCCUCAAGGAGUAUGUGCACUUCCGCUUCCGGCACGAACGUGCCCGCAGCCAGCGUGAGUCCACAGACCUGUGGCUGAGUUCCAUGCAGGCCUUGGUGCUGGCUUCCAGCUACCCCGAGGAUUUUGAGAAGUUGCUGCACCAGGUGGAGGAGGGCUUUGCCCGGGAGCUGAAGGCGCUGGGGCUGCGGGCCACAGAGCCUGAUGACUGGGCGCGGAUCAAGGGUGUGGAGGGCAGGUGCGGCAUGCUGCUGCCUCACAAGGACACCGAGGGCGCCGAAAAGACGCACCUGUGCUUCAUCCGGCUGCUGCAGAGCUCCUUGGACCGUCUGUACAAGUCCCGUGACCCCGAGGACUGCAAGCGCCUCUUCUUCCGCUUCAUGAACGUGCUGGUGCGGCGCUGCAAGGAGCCCCUCAUCCCUACUGUGGGGCACAUGCUGGCGCUGCUCGAGUUCCAGUUCGUGCACUGCGGUGCUGUGCUGGCGCGCCUCUGGAAGAGCGUCGCGCUCUGCCUGCCACGCAGCUACGUCGCCCUCAUGCACUACUGGGACCACCUGUUUGGCAAAAAGGAUGAGGAGAAGGAGCUGGGUGACGUCUUCACCAUCAUCCAGGAGUACAGGCCCAAGGAUGUGAACCGCUCCAUCCGAGCCUUCCGCUUCCACCUUGCCUACCUGGCCCGCGUGCUCUGCGGCUGCGAGAACGGGGACUUCGACGUCCUGCUGGAUGCUUUUGGUGAUGUCAGCUGCGUGGCGUCGGGCGAGGCCGAGCGCGCCGUCGUCCUGUGCCUCGUCAUGCUCGUGAAUGCCGACACGGUCAUGUGGCCUUGGUGCAAGCCUGUCCUGUGCCGACACUUCCAGGAGAUCGCCUCUAGGCUGAAGGUCAUGCGUACUGAGUUCCCCUCCGAGGUUCCCGACCGGCUGCUGAAGGUGAUGAGUAGGGUGCUGGCCGCCGUGGAUGUGAAGGCAGUGGCUGAAGCCCUGCAGGACCUCCUGUAUGAGCGUGAUGAGGAGUACCUGAUGGAUUGCUACUGGCGCUGCGACACGGCGCAUGGCAAAGGCCCCGCGGCGCGUGGCCUCUACUUUGAGGAGGUCGACCUGAACCGGCUCCUCUGCCUCCACCCCACAGAGUCUUUUGUGGUUGACCUGGAGGCUGAGUUCGACCGGGACGAGCCCACGGAGGACAGAGAAGAUGUGCUCGCUUCCAUCAUCUUCCAGAAACGGCGGAAAGAGCUACAGAAGAUCUCCACCCGCCGCAAGCUCAGGAGGGUCUGCCUCGUCGUCUCCCUCUGCAUCAGGUGGUGGCGGCAGGCAUGCGCCAAGAUGGAGCCCUUCUGGGAGGAUCCCCGCGAGCUGGGCACCGACAACUUCAAAAGGGCUGACGUUGACAGGACUCAGUGCGACCUGUGUGGAGUCAAGUUCAUUCAGGGCCCGGAAAACUACUUUAUCUUGAGGGAAGCCUUUGACAGCGAGUCUUCUGAAGCCCUGAUGAUGCCGGCGGAGGCCGAGCCCAUGGAAAAGGAAGUCCUGGAGGGGAGCCCGGACUUUAUGGCCAGCGACUCCUAUGAUAAGCACAUCCGCCUCGAAACCCACCAGAAGAAGCACGCGGCCUACCAGCAGUACCUGGAGUUCUUCCUCACGAGGGUGGACCCGGCCAUUGGGGAGGGGAAGCUGGUUGUGAGGAGCAUCGAGCAGAGCGCCUGGACCCAGAGCCACCUCGGCUCCAAGGAGCAUAACAAGAUUCUUCAGAGGAAGAUCCUGGAGAACAUCAAACGGGUCUCUGAUGCUGUGGAGGACAUCUAUAGGAGGAAGGCCUGGGCUGACGCCGAGGAGACGAUGACUAGGCUGGUUAACAUUUUGACCCAUUCUGUCAGUGAUGCUCGGGAGUGGCUGAUGAAAACGGAGGAACGUUUGAAGGAGGAAGGCAUUGUUCAGGAAAAUGAAUACGAGGAUGAAGUUGAAGACUUUGGGGAGCUCCAGCCCAAGAGGUUCUCCAAGAAGCGUGGCUGGCGCCGGAGAUACUGAUGGCCGGACACACCCCGGCCGCGCUCCUGCCAUGUGGGUGUACAUAGUGUAAAGGAGGCCCCGGCCAGGCCUCUGCUUUUUACCUGUUUGUUGCUCUGUUCUCUCAAGCCGGUGCCCGCCCGCCUUCACCACCGAGGAAGGGGAUUUCACAAACCCAGCUCCCAUAGGCCUGGCUUCCUGGAAGCCCUGGAGGCUCCUGCACCUGAGGUGUCGCUGGACCAGAGAACGAUGGAGAUGGGUGGCCGGCCCUCAAGGUCUGGCUCAGCCCCUGGAGCAGCCUCUGGCGCCACCUUUCCCACCCUGUGUCGGUGGCACACGGGCAUGACUUGUACAUAGAAGGCGCCCAUGCCCAUGUGUGCCGCUAUUCUUGGACACAGGGAUGCUCUGGGGCGGGAGUAGGAGCCAUGCCCUCCUGGCCCUCCCGAUGCCCGUCUCCAUCUCGCACCCCCAGGACCACCCCGUGGGCUGCAUGGAGCCAUGGGGAGAGGGUCGGGGCAGAUGUUCUCUUGUAGGCAGCCCUCUCUGGGAACAAAGUCUGCCUUUCCUUGGUCUCGCCAGCCGGCCUCAGUUUCCCCGAGCUGACUGAGACACGCCUACCUCAGCAUUAGGUCAGGAAUGUUCCCCGUCCUCUGGAGUCCUUGUUCUUUGUGCCCUUUCCCGGGGGAGGCCCCGUGCCCUGCGGCUCAGCCUGCCUUACGGCGGUCGCCCACCCCUGGUACUAAUGAAGGCGAGCCCCUGCUCCCUCGCGUGGAUGAUCCCAAAGCUCUUUCCCACGGAGCUUGACGCUGCACCUCCUCCCCAGUGUUUGUCCCACCGGCAGAUUCGGGAUCCUCUCUCCACACCAGCCCACCUAUCCGUCUAUCCGUCUGUCCGGUGCAGGCUUGGAUGACGAAGGUGGCCCACCCUUCGCUGGGCUCGCUGGGCUCACAGAGCCCGUGGUGAGAGAGGAGUGGCCUGCAAUGCCGCCCGGCCUGCCUUGAGUGCCUGAAGGGAAGGGAGGCAGUGUGCACCCUCAGCCGUUCUCUGUCCGGCUGUCUGCUGCGGUCAUGCGCUUCCUCUUCACUGUGUCCUUCACUGCCCCCGCAGGGCCUCCCGCCGGCUGUUCCGCCCCUGCAGCUGUCUCUUUUUGGUCCUCAGUUUUGUUCCAGACGUUUUUAUAGAUUUCA